AUGGAACCCGAUGAAGAGCUGGAAGUCAAGGAGGGGGAAGUGAUCUUUCGAUACCAGGACCAAGAGAUCCACGAAGGGUUUGGAAGGACAGAAAGAAGGACCAAGGCUCAGCAAAUCCACGACCAUUUGGCUCUGUACCUUCAAGACUUGGACCACCCUAUGGGGACUGAACUUGCAAUGCCUAUCAAAGCCGCUGGAGAAACCUGGAGUGAAAAACUAAGUAACAUGUGUAGUGACGUCGAAGACCUGAACCCAAGGACCCUAUCGACAGCCGAAGUAUUGGAGACCUAUUAUAAAGUAGGAAGCUUGCUGUUUGAAAAAGUGUAUAUGUUGUUUGCCGUGCGGGGUGAGUGGUGUAUGCGUCAAGUUCAACAUAUAUCGAUUUCGGUGUUGGAACGAAUGUUGGAGGGAGAUUUUUCUGGGGCGAUGUUGGCAGAAGCAGGAAGGUUGAGAGAGGAGAAGAUUCGAAAAAUGGUG